AUGUUGGUGCCAUUUUUAUGCAUGCGUGCUAAAUGCUCCAACAUCUGCACACUUCUCAGUCCAUGCAGAAUUAAUGUAGAGAACUCUUCAUAUAUCACUUCUUUAUGUUAUCUCCACAUUCAGUAGCAGCAAACAAGAAUAAUUUAGCUUCACAAAGGAAAUGUCAUUCUAUUCUAAAAGUUUCAUGAGGUUAUGUCUUUUAAUCUGCAUCGUUCUUAUCUUGUCAAAGCCUGCAGUUUCUUCUAAUAUCAUCAAGUCUUUGCCUGGGUUUCCUGGUACCCUUCCUUUUAAAUUUGAAACUGGAUACAUUGGUGUUGGUAAGCAUGAAGUGGCGCAAUUGUUUUAUUACUUUGUUGAAUCAGAGAGAAAUCCAACAGAGGAUCCUCUGUUACUCUGGAUGACUGGUGGCAACGGUUGCUCUGGCUUGUGCGGACUUUGGUUUGAAAUAGGCCCACUGAAGUUUAAUAUGGUGAAGUAUAAUGGAACCAUGCCAUCAUUUUCUCUCAAUCCACACUCAUGGACAAAGGUUUCUAGUAUAAUCUUUAUUGAUGCGCCGGUUGGCGCCGGAUUCUCAUAUUCAAAAACCUUACAAGGGUCCAAGACAACAGACAAAAUACAUGCCCAACACUGUCACAGUUUCAUGAGAAAGUGGUUGGCGCGUCAUCCGAAAUUUAUUGAUAAUCCAGUCUACAUUGCUGGUGACUCAUAUUCUGGCUUAACACUUCCAAUUGUUGUCAAAUAUGUUAUAGAUGAAAACGAAGCUGGAGAAAAACCAAAGAUAAAUAUAAAGGGAUAUGUACUUGGGAACCCAGUCACAGAUCUAACAUCAGAUUGGAAUUCAAGGAUUCCAUUUGCUCAUCACAUGGCUCUUAUUUCUGAUGAACUCUACAAGUCGGCAAAACUUUCAUGCAGAGGGAAGUAUGUGAAGGUGAAGAAAAGCAAUGUACCAUGUCAGAAGGUUCUCCAAUCUAUCUCAGAGAGAAUCAGUAAAAUAAAUUUGCAACAUAUCUUAGAGCCUCUUUGUCCAGGUGACUUCAAAUUUCAAGAACAAGUAGAUGAUCGGAGGGUUCUUCAAGAAAAAUCCAGGGAGUUGUUGCUUUCUCCACUGCCAAUCUUCAAAUUUGGAUGUAGGGGUUAUGAGAAUCUCUUGUUGCAUGUAUGGGCCAAUGAUGUUCAUGUUCAAAAGGCCCUUCAAGUCCGCAAGGACACUGUGAAAGCUUGGAAAAGAUGUAACGACAGCAUAAUUUACACAAAUGAUGUCCAAAGUUCUGUUGCCUAUCACCAGUAUCUCAGAAUCAAACAUUUCCGGGCUCUUAUAUACAGCGGUGACCAUGACAUGGUGGUUCCAUACUUGGGAACUCUUGGGUGGAUCAAUUCUCUGAACUCUACCAUUGUGGAAGAUUGGAGACCUUGGGAAGUCAACGAUCAAGUUGCAGGGUAUAUACAAGAGUACUCCAACUAUAUCAGUUUUGCUACCGUGAAGGGCGCUGGUCACGUAGCGCCAGAGUACAAGAGAAAAGAAUGUUUUGAAAUGUUCAAGAGGUGGAUCUCUCAUGAGCCUUUGUGAUUCAUGGAUCCUUAUAUUGUACUCCAAAUGCAGACACAUAUCCUUUCUAAAUAGACAUCAAAUUUGUAUUUUGUUUGGAGAGGGAUGCACUUAUUGUUGCUAGAGGAACUUUUGUGUGAUACACCAAUAAUGCAUGGCUUUCUUGUUUAUAUAGGCCAAUGAUAAUGUUGGCUAAUGUCAUGAUCGGUUACCACCCUCUAAGGGUGUGUUUUGCUGCUGCAGCUGAGAACGGAUGUUCUGUUAUUGGCAUGAGGGGGUAUACUUGAGAG